GAGAUAAGAAAUCGAACAUGGAAACAUUGUGGUUCUUGUUCAUCGUCUGGUGUACGACGAUGGUUACCAGCUUCGAUCUUGGACCAAUUAUCAGAAUUGCUCAGUGCAGAUCGCAGUGUUUAAGGAAGCAUACCACGGAUGGAGUUUGCGAUUGGUAUUCGGGUCAACAGCAAACCAGUUGCAGCAUGUGCUGGCAAUACUGCGAGGGCCUGGAGAAUCGAUGGGAGAAAACGAGAACCAUUUGCGAGGGCGACCAGUAUCUACAUUGUCCAGCAUGCCAAACGGCCUGCAACUACCGGAAGACAAGGGUAGAAGAAAAGUACCUUCCAUCUAUGUUACCAGCGCCCAAGAAGGCACCCAUAGAUCUAGACAGAUUCGACGUGGCAGUGGUGAUGCGUAAGGUGUACAAACAGUGGCGUGUGACCGGUUACUACUCGGGUGGGCACAGUCCAAACCUGAGACCGGACACUUGGAUCAUCGUCGCUAUGGAGGACGGCGUGAAGCACUACAGCUGGCAAGAGUGGGUGCCGAAGCUGGAAUCCCUGAAAGAAGGCCCAUUGUACGAGGCGACCAUCUCCUGGAAGGACGUCCAGACUCAACUCCAGAAACAAAGAUCCCUGGAACAGGUCCGGUUCAACAACCGAGUCAGACAGUUCUUCCUGGAAAAAUACGGCGAGAAGGUGCUCGCCGAGUGGAGAAGCCAGGAGGAUUCUCAAAUAUCCGACGAGGUAUUCCGAAGGUUCUUCUUCAGGAGGAAGGACGAUCGUAAGGAGGAUUCUAUGGAAACUGACAACACACCGUCUACUAGCAAUGAUUACGAGAAAUUGGACAAGGAUCAAGGGAAUAGGGAGUCUUACGUGGUGUCCUGGGAGCCAGAGACUGGAGGACUGAUGGGCAACCAAGUGGCCGACUCGAAUUCUGCCCAGAUUUCUUUGGUACCCGGCACGAAAUACUUCGUCAGAAUCGCUUCGAACGACGGCCCAGGUAGCUUCCCCAUCGAAGUGGACACCAGGCCUAAUUUCGUCCAGGCUAAGAGGAUAGAGAGGACCCUCGAGUACCUGUAUCCUUGGGACGUCUACGCUGCCUGCGGUUGUGCUGUACUUUCGCUGAUCAUCCUUGCACUGGCUAAAAUCUGCAUGAAGAAUAAAAAUGCUGAGGUUGAAGAAGUUUGAAGCUGAUUUUCAGGAAUAAAAGGAUCACCUUAAAUAUCGAAACAAGGUCUUAUGGACUCUGUUAAAGUUGUCUACUGUUAUGAAACAGUGGGAACAGAUGAUACAUAAACGUUUAGUUUUUAAUUGAAAAUGAUUUUAAAUUUAAAAGUGUUGUAUUAUAUGUGUAUGUAGAAGUAAGUACCGUGAGUCUCAGGAGAUUCACCCUUCUCUUAGGGUUAACACAUUGACUGC